AUGGCGGCUGCUUCUCGAUUCCGAUGUGUUUUGAACAAAGCAGCUAAACCGAGUGCGUGGGCGUCGUACCGGGGAAACCAUCAUCAUCACCGUCGAAUUGCAAGAGACAAGUUGUGGUCAUCAGUCUUUGGUGGCGGCCAAGUGAGCCCGUCUAAUGUUAACAUUGCUGCGGACUUCAGUGGUGAUAUCGCUAUUGCUUCCUGCGCCAGCGACGAUAAAGGGGUCUUAUGUGCGGCCGAUCAUGCCGUGUACGUGUUUUAUGCCCGUCGUGGUUGUAUUUGGAAGGCUGAUAAUCCUCCUAUAACAGUGCGGAAGGCCAGCUCCAUUCGGUUUGGUGUGUCCACCAUCUACAGCCUAAUGUUCCAGGGGAUCACUGAGAGCGACGGCUCCCAAGAUGUUUAUCAUGCUCUAGUUCUGUACGAUACCUCGAGAAGGAGAAUGAACUUGUUAGAUUUGCAGGUGGUCGAUGAGUCGCCCUUACCCGACUUAAGGUUGUGGGAACCAAACUAUAAUAAUCAUUCUCCUUCUACUGUCGCAGUGCUGCCGAGUGUCCCUGUUGACACCAAGGAUAAGGUGUACAAGUAUGCUUUGGACGCAGUCGAGUACCACAAUCUCCGUGAGGGCAACAAAAUUCGGCUCGAGGAGGUGUUGUGUGUGAGCACGUUAGAGUAUGGUGGUGGUGUCUUUUACUUUUUGUUUUUCAGGGCUAAGGACAAGAAUAAGGAUUGCAGUACUUACUUUGACAUAACUAAGAAGUAUGAGGUUGAAGAGGUCUUUUCUGCACCUCAGCGACAAUUCCAGGCUGAGGCGAGUGAUACGUUUAUCUGGAGAAGAAAACGAGUUUCGGUCAUAGAAGUGCUUGGUCUUCGACGUGCGUGA